UACGGAGGGGGCCACAGCAAGUGCGACGACGGUAUCGCGCUGUGUGUGAGACAGCCAAGUGUGACUUCCGAUGUGUUUACGUACAGUCCGUGCGUGGCCGGCUGUGGAUGGUAUGGUGCCGCGUGCUUAGCGUGUACACGGUAUUCUCGUAACACAUUCUGGGUCCGGAAACUUUGUGAAGAUUUGAAGGGAAAAAAAGGUUCUUUUUCACAUGAUUCUCUGACUGGAUUACCGUCCAUUCUUUGCGGGACGCUGAAGGCAGGCCGUGUGCAAGCAGCACAGCUGUCCAGAAGGUGGAAAUAUGGCUCACAGUCGGACUAAACUUAACUGGAAGUCGGGAUAUUGUAUGGGAAUUUCACGUGUUCCGCUGUUCUGUCUGGUGGUGUGUGUUCUGAGUUUACUCAGUCCGUCAACUCUGGGCCAAGAUGUACCUGAUUUCAACCCUGUGUACUUCACUUCAGAACCUUCAAACAUUAUAGCCGUUCCAGGCUCUGCGGUUACACUGAACUGUUCAGUAUAUUCCCUUCUAGUGCCUACAAUUAGCUGGACCAAGGAUGGCAGUGCGGUUCCGGCAGAUGACCCAACCAAGAGAGUACAACCCAGUGGAGCUCUGCGUAUAGCCCCAGUCUCCCUAGAUGAUGAAGGCUCGUAUCAAUGCAGUGCUGAAUUGGAGGAGGGAGACUUUUUUGCAAGUUUGAGUAGCAGACGAGGAGCUGUCACUGUUGCUAAACUGGUUCUCCUUGAUGGCCCAGCAAGAACCGCAGCAUUCAAUGGAGACACAGUGUACUUUGAGUGUAAUUUCAACUCAGUCCCAGCAGCAGAAAUAAGUUGGUUGAAAAAUGGCCAAGUUCUGGACCUCACUGAGGAACGGAUCUCUGCCCGGUACACCCUGCUACCUAGUGGUGGCUUGGAGAUUAGAGAAGUACGGUCGGCAGAUGUAGGAACAUACCUAUGCCGAGGAACUAACCAGCUGAUCACGACACCUGUACAGAGCUUUGGUGCUGACCUUACCAUCAACCCUGGAACAAAUCCUUCCUCACAAUUUAACUUCAUCAGGACACCUCAGGAUACUGAGGCACCUGUUGGACAGACCAUUGUCUUGGAAGCUGCCACCAAUUUGCCAGCCAUCUUCACCUGGUUCAAAGAUGGAUCAGAGAUAAUCAUUGUUGGAUCUGGUACUGAGGAUCACUACACCCUAUUAGGCCAAGGCAGUCUCGAAAUCAGGCAAAUUGGAGAGAUUGAUACAGGACUCUACCGUGUCUUGGCAACAUCCAUUGCUGAUGGCACAGCCCUACCAGUAGAUCACACUGUCAAAGUCACAGCAUUAGUGCCACUGAAGUUCAAUAUCCAACCUGUGAACACCUACACCAAUGUUGGGUCAUCGGUGACUCUCAACUGCAAUGCGUACGGCAUCCCUGGCCCCACCACCACCUGGUACAAGGAAGGAGAGGAACUAGAGCCGGGUGAUAUCUACCUGGUCAGUGCAGGAAGCUUGACCAUUGAGCAGGUCAUCCAGGAGGAUUCUGGGAUAUAUCAGUGCGUUGCCGACAACCGACUGGAAAACAUCCAGGCUGCAGCUGAGUUGAUUGUACUCAGAGAAGGUGUUCCCAUCCCAACUCGCCCCCCUACGACGACCGUCACUACCUUGCCAGCACCCCCACAACCAAUAACCACAAAAUCUCCCCCCGGCCCAGCAGACACAGGACCGGUACCCACCAAGCCCCUGGAACUUGAAGCUACUGAUAUCCAGGCUCAGUCCUUCCGAUUGACAUGGAGGGAGCCGAGCCAGUUAAAUGGAGAUCUGCAGAGCUACAGAAUAUAUGUCAAAUGGAAUGACGCCCAAAAGGUUGAAAUCGUGCGUGACUUGAGUCAACUGGCAAAAGUCAUCAGCGAUCUGAUCCCAGAGACGACAUACAGGGUCACCAUCCUUGCUAUAAACGAGAAUGGCGCUGGAGCAUCGUCAGAUAUCCUUGUUGUUGAGACUUUGCCACAUGGGGAGUAUCUAGGGCCUCCAACCAGUGUACGUGCCCGACCAGAGGAAGGAAGUUGUACUGCUCUCUUGGUAACAUGGCAAGCCCCUCAAGGAGAUGUCUUAAACUACAAGGUCUAUUAUGCAGAUCUUAGCGCUGGGGUGUCCCAAGAACUUGAACUGUACACAGAGCAGAACUUCUAUCUGAUCACUGGCCUGAAACCAUAUACAAACUAUGGUUUGCGUGUGGUCGGAUACAAUAUCAAUGGACCUGGCACAUCAUCUGAGAACCUUGAGGCCUCAACAUCCCAGUGCAAACCCUCAGGUAUCCCUGACAACAUUUCCGCAGAAGCUGACUCGACAACAUCAAUUACAGUAACCUGGGAACCACCACCUGUCAAUCAACGCAAUGGUCUGGUUAACGGAUACAAGAUGAAGUACCGUACGAAAGAGAAUGGGAAGCGGACUCACUCAUUGAUCAUCGAUGGCAAUGAGAGAUCUUACACCAUAUCAGGGUUGGUAAGAAACACCGCUUACGAAGUCAGAAUGGCUGCGUACAACAACAACGGCACUGGGCCCUACUCUGACUGGAUCGAGAUUACCACCCUUGACAUUGACAAGAAUGAGAAUCGCGUACCCCCACAACCGUUAUCUAUCAGGACCACCACAACCCAUAACAGAAUCGACGUGUUUUGGGAACCCCCAUCGGAUGACUCUAUCAUGGUGCGGGGUUACAUCCUUGGCUAUGGGGCGAGUGUUCCAGACUCCUUGCUGGAGCGUCUGCCUAGCUCCGAAACCCAAGUCAGCCUUACAAACCUCCUUCCUAGUACUCUGUAUGUCCUCAAACUCCGAGCGUUCAAUAAGGUCGGUGAAGGGCCGUCCUUGUAUAUUGACGUACAGACGAAGCAGCCUACGAUAGGCCCUAGCCCAACAAGGAUUAUACACGUAACUACAAGAACAGCCAAACCUUCUGUGCCAAUGGAACUCAAGGCCACCGUGACUUCACCCAAUUCUAUCCUCUUGACUUGGAGGGACCAGGAUUACAGUCCAGAUGACAAACCUCCUGAUAGAUACUACAUCGUCCAGUACGAGACUUCUAGCAAGGUGAUGUUCGAGAACUCCUCUGAUACCUCCAUCGCAAUCAACAAUCUCUCUCCGUACACAAAGUACUUUUUCACAGUGGUAGCUGUUUCAGGAAAUCGUGAGAGUGGAGUCAGCAUGCAGGCAUUUAAUACUACUUUUGAGACUGCUCCAACCUCUCCACCAAGAUCACUAACAAUUGAUGAUGUCAAGAACUCAACAACUACCCUGGAAUUGAGGUGGCAACUGCCCAAGACUCCCAAUGGUCAGAUCACAGGAUACACCAUUUAUUAUUCUGCCAUCGAUUCAAGGGAGGAUUCUGACUGGACUGAUGUGACACUUGAUGGGGAGGAAGUAACUACAUUGAUCUCCGGGCUGACUUCAGGCACCAUUUACUAUUUCAAGAUCCAAGCUCACACCAGCAAGGGAGCAGGUCCUAUAUCGGAGGUUGUGUCUCACACUACACCGGUCGGUAGACCAGUAGAACCUGGGCCUCUCAAUCCAGCUUUGGACUUGCCCACAAUACCUCUGCUGCCUGACAGGCCUCUAAUACCUGCCAGACUCCCAAAGCCUACGGCAGAAGAAGAGCCUACAUCACCACCUCCACUGGCCAAUGCCGAGGCGAUGGGUUUCCCAUGGUGGUUGUGGUUGGUGAUCAUCUUAGCCAUUCUCUUCAUCAUCAUCAUCGCUGUGCUGUUGUUGCUCUGCUUCCUCUGUGGCUGCUGUGCCUGCUGUGCCGACUGCUGUCCCUGCUGUGCUGCCCUGUGUGAAGACGCCUGCGGUUGCUGUGCACCAUUUUGCGGCCCGCUUGCUGCCUGCAUCGCAGCGUGCUGCCCUUGCUGCUGUGAGGAUGAAGAUGAUUGUGCCAAGUGCUGGUUGAAGUGUUGCUGUGGGGCUGCAGCCUGUGUCUGCUGUGGUCAUUCAUACAGAGAACGUAGAAAGGCCAAGGGCUCUGCCAAUUUGGUCGGCUACCAGUCUGUGUCGCAGAAUGGCAAGGUCAGUGGCACUGUGCCUCCUGAUCUUUGGAUCAACCAUGAAGGUGUAGAGAUGAAGAAAGUUGAUGGCAAGAAAGGUGGGAUAGCUGUCAACUCAAAGGCAGAGGAGAGAGAGCGAUUGGAGCAAGGCGGAGGAGUGGACCAGCAACGAGACCAAGUCCAAGAGACGUCUUUCACCCAGUCCUCAGUACAAAACCAGCAAGAGUCACGUAUGCAGGAGUGUAUGGAAGAACAAACAGGGUCUAGCAACAGACAGAGCCAGUACGAAACCCCCACCCUGAUAUCUGCUACAUCACAUCGGUCAUCUCUGGAAUCAGAUCUGCAUGUAGGAGGUACUGGUUCUGGUGCUGUUCAUUAUGCAACAGUAGAUGAAAUGCGUCGAAAGAAAAGCAGCCUGAAAGAAACGAGACAAGAAGCAGCUAACUGGGGCUCAAUUGGUAAAGCUAACCCCCGACCCUUGACCCCCAACCCUGAAGCAUCCCUCUUUGGUCCUCAAGUUCCCCCUCCUUAUCAACGCAUCGGCUGUAUUAAACGCGGCCAGCGCCCUAACUUUACAGAACAAGAUGCUAACACAGAUACCAUACCAUUGGGAUCCAGUGCUGAAGACUUUGCCAGACAGAGAGCACCAUCAAUAACAAUUUCUCCGCCCCAGACUCAAACACAGACCCUGAACCGAUCAGAGGUCCAGAACAGAGCAGCUGGAGGUACAACCCCACGAUAUGCCACAUGGGGUGCUAAGACAAUUCAAAAUGACCGUCAGCAAUCCAAUGUUAACUACAACACCACCAAUAUCCACGUUGAAGACGUCCGUAACAACUACACAGCCAAUGAUGGCUUUUCCACCCUGCGUGAUGGUGGUUACCAAGGAAGCAUGGGUGCCAAUGGACAAACCUACAGCACAUUGGACAGGCAGACAUCAUACAACAAUGCCCACUCCGGACAGAACCAGAUUAUCACAUUCCCAGAGCAAAAUGCCGGCCCUCAACCCUUCACCAUCACGUUUGAAGAGACUACAACAUCACAUUCUGUGGAGAAGUCGGUACCCCUACCAGAUGGGACCAGCUUCAAGACAUCCUCCAGCCAUCAGACCUUUUCUAAAUCUUACUCAACAUCUGAUGCCGCACAAGACCAGAAUCUACAAGCCAUGUUGCAAGGAGGGAUAGAAAAUGGACCACUAGCGAUAGAAAUCCCAUCAACAACCAAUACAGCGUUGCCAGCUAUCGCUGCUGCUCCAGUCUACCGCUCAGCAAGCUUCAAUCCAAUCCCUCAGGAUAGUCCCUCGACUGGCACCCAGUCCUCUAGCAUCUCCAAUACCUUGGGUCGUUCCCCCCCGCCUCCCAAUUACAACUUCAUCACUUCGGAGAACGCCUCUGCUCAGACCCAAUCCAGUGGCUAUGCCAGUGGAAGUAUCAGUGCCAACAAUCGCGGCCGUACCUCUAGUAUCGGUGCAUCCUCUGUGGAUAGUAUGGGUUAUCGUAGUCGUGGAGCAGAUUCCUAUCUCAGCACACAGGAUCAGCGGAGUAACUUUGGAACAACCUCACCAGUCAGUAUCCCAGCUGCAAGCACAUCUCCCUACAGCUCCAAUUUCCAGACCUAUGAGUCGUAUCGUUCAGAGGAACGGGACAACAGUUAUGGACGGUCAGCGUCGGACCUCUACGAUGGGUCACCAGAAAUCGGUGUGACACGUCCAAAGGCUGGCUUCCAUACCAUUGACCGUUCCACAGGCUUCAAUGCUGACAGUGCGUAUGGUAGCCCAACCAGCUUUGGCAAUGGAUUUGGUUCCUAUGGAGGUGCAAGUACUCUUGGAAAACAACCCUCAGGAAGUCUGUCAGUCCCCUCUGCCCGUCCGGGGCACUCUUACCAGGCUAGUGCUUUUCAAAACACCUCCGAGUCUUUCAGAUCCUACAACAGCGGUAAUGUUGGAACCAGAGGAACCUCUCAGUUUUCCUUCAACAAUAACAAUGCUAGCACUGAGGAGUUGCCAUCCAGGCUCGUUGAGGUAGAGCAUGCUGAAGUACAGACACCUAGCAGGUUCAACAGCAAGUCAGACCUCCUGCAGUCCACUAGCUCUUCCCUAGGUGGUGGGUUUGACCUCUCAACCCCGACCCGACCCCUACGACGUUCCAUGUCCGUGGACAAUGAGUUUGGACUGAAUAACGAUGGCUAUUGGUCAGGUAGCAGCAAGACCAACUUGCUGUCUGGGUACCAGACCCAGAGAGAGACAAAGGAAAGCAAGGAAUACAGUCUGUCCAGUGGGACCGAGACUCAACGUGGCAGGUCACGUCACAUCGGAGACAGGACUUAUGGGGGAAUAAGCUCUCGCUCACGCUCACUGGAUAGGUUUGGAGACCGUGAAGACCAUCACGUGUCACCAGUCGGUGGUUAUGAUUAUCACUCAUCCACCCCAAGACAACACCAAAUGGAUCGACCUGCUUAUAUGUACCCUACAAACACCACAUCGUCAGGUUACCAUAGUGAUACUAACACAACCAGUUCCCAUGACGAUGGCUCAAGCACUCAAGGGUCGACGUCUCGGGGUGGGAACCCCUUGACGAGUUUUAGCGUCCCCGGCCCACCUCCUAACUACCAAGCUGCUAAAGUCAAGAUCCAGGCUCCAGCCUACAGCCCACUGAAGCGGAACCAGCAGGCGGGUGUGGCCAGAGUUAGACACCAGCCUUUGCCUGUUGUGACUCCUAGGGCUCCCGAUGUGACCUAUCGAGGAGUUGGAGAUGGAACCAGCCCAGGGACGGCUAACCGUUCCUUCAGCUCAGAGGAUCUAAACACUGAGAUGUUGAAUCUUGAGGGUCUGAUGAAAGAUUUGAAUGCCAUCACUGCCUCUGAACUGCAAAGCUAGAGAAUAAGCUUUCCGUGUCCUGCCCUUGCUCCGCAACUGCUCCGCCCCCUUUUCCCUCCACAUCUCAACCAUUUGUAAAUACUCACUUAUCUUGUAACUUUUGUGAACUAAUGCAAGAAUUCUGGUUAAGACGCAGUCGUGUAAGUGACCAUCAUGUGGCAGUUUUUAUAAGCUGGGUUAUGAUAUUACCAAUGCUGCGAUUAGAGGUCACUCUCUCACGUAGUUUUGAUGAGGUGAUUAAGUUAAUUGCACUGUUUUUAGGGCAUGUUUUUUAUAUAACAGUGACUGUAUUGCACCUGUAGCUUUUGUAAAAAUUGUCAAAGGUCUCUGAGCUGGAUGGACGAAUGUGUAAUCAGCAAUAUCAGAUUAUUGCCAAAACGUACUGUAUAGAAGGCUAAUAACGAGGGCACCUUACUGAUGGUGUUUUUGUAAUUGGUGAUUAUUUGUUGGAUGUUCUUCACACAAACACACAAAAGUAUUGCACAGAAAAAUCACCAGACUAGGUUAGGGGGCAAUUUUAAAAGAUUAUUGUACACCAAUUUGGUUUUGGUGUAUUUUUGAUUAACUGAAUAUUAUUGAUCAGUUUGUUACAAUUACUGUUACUUUUUUCUGACCACAAUCUUCGUAUAUGAAAAUGUCAGAAUACUUUUUUCUGCAAGUGCUUUUAAUCAGGGUAUGCUUAGAUGUCUAGGUAUAAAAAUAUUGUGAUAAUGGUCCACUUUUGUCGAGUGCUUAACAUUGCCCCGUAAAUGGUGCUGUUUCGGAAAGGAACUAAACAGUGGUGUAUUUAUUUUUGUGUUGUAACCAUUUUAACAAGUGAGGAUAAAUUGUACUUUUAUUUGUGAAUACAGAGGUGUAUUUUCACAGGAUUUGUUCGAGCUGUUUCUGAAGACAAACUGCUGUCCUGGCCCACAUUUGUGACUGACUGUAGUUCUGUCACCAGCAAGGGACUUUCUCUUUCGAUUUAUAAAGGCGCACCCUCUUUUGACAAGAUUGAAAUUGCAAGGUGUUGGGGCAGUAACCUUUACAGUACUUGCCAAACUACAGUUCUGCUCAAUACAUUCAACAAUUUAAAUAUUCUGUUGAGUGAUAAAAUAAGAAGAUAUUUACAAAAGAGUGGUUGCAUUUAUUCAUUUUUUUGUUUUUAGAAAGAUGGUGACACUACUGUACCUUUCAAAUUGUUAGAUAUUGUUUCAGUGGAUAUUUAUGAGAAAUGAGUUUGACUGGGUGAUCGUGCCCUUUGAAUUUAAAUGUAAAUUGUAUCUUGAUUGCAAGUUUUCCUAUUUUAGGGAGAUAGUGCUGAUUUCAAGCCACAAAUGAUAACUAGCCAUUUUCCAUUGAGCCUAUGUGCAUAAUGUGUACUGUGUACAGAAUGGAUGCGUGAAUAUUUUGUAAAAUGGCGCUGUCACAUGGAUGUGCAUGUGAUGUGUCAUUACAAAGUGAAAGCAGCACUCUCUUUGAGAGCUAGAAUGUCUGUAUAGACUCGGUCAUCGUAAGACAACACUCACUUUGAGAGCCAGAAGGUCUGAGUGGUUACAAAGCAGCACUCAAAGCUUUUACUUUGCUAGAACUCGAUGGUCCUCAUGUACUGCCCAUUAUUGGCACUGGUUUAUACUUUGUUUACUUGAAACAGUUUUACUGGAUUUAUUAAAUAUAGAAAUACCUCAUUGCUUAGGCAAUCUUUGUUUAGGUGGGCAUCUUGUUUUGAAGAAUGGAAAUUAAUUUCAGUCAAUUUUCUUGAAUUGUUUCCCUUUUAAAUAAAUACUGAAGGCUUAGGGGCAAUAUUAAAGAACUGUUAUUCUUGGCUUUUUGACAGAAGUAUUUGUUUUGAAUAUUAGUUCAUGUACAGUUGCCUUUCAGUUGUCAGAUCUUUUGUUCAAGAAAUGGCUUAGUUUAUCUAGCCAAAUUGAGAUAUUUGUAUUUACUCCCAAACUCUGAAAGUAGCCUGCUUGAAUAGAUCUUACUUGUUUUCCUUCCCAGCAUUUCAUCUAUUUUUUAUACUCCUAAAUUAUUGCCCUUUUUGUUUUAGUAACUUGUAAUAGUGCAUAAGUUAUGGGUGUAAAUUAUAACGUCGGUGGCAGUUGGAUUAAAUUAUUAAGCUGAUUUGUUAAUACAAAUACUUGCAAGUACAGUCUCUAUAGAAAACUGUAAAAGUACUCUAAUCAUUACUCAUUUAUUAACAGAUUAUUUCUCUCAAAACAGUUCAGUUGUUGUAAACCUUAAGUGUAAUUUCUGUGCACCCCCUUGCUCUGGCGGUAUCAGUACAUUUGUCAAAGUUUAUAACCCAGUUUUUACCAGCACAGUUUGAUCAUGAAGCUGACUUGGUAUGUGUGGUUGCCCAGGCCAUCAAUUCAUUUACAAACAUCCAUUAGUACAUCCUAGCCAGACCAGGAGGGAUUGCUUGUGUUGUUGCUAUGCAAGUAACUGUUAUGAAUACAACUCCUUGUGAUUUUUUGUUGAAGGUUUUAUUCUGACAUAGGUUAAAACAAACAUUGAACUCUGACCCCAGAUUGAUGGCAUGCCCCCACGUGAAUUGUUUGCAGUACUCAGAGGGUUUUAAAGUUUAUUUAGAUAGUGAAAACCUCAGCUUAGAUGAUUUACAGCUCUUGGGGGAACCAGUACUAAAACAGAACGCAUCUUGAAUAUCUAAUGACAGAAACUAAAACAAAGUUUGUUCAAGAGCCUCUUUCAUGAAAGGUAAACUACCUAGCAAAUGACAAAGUUUCAAAGACCAAAUUGUCACCGCUGUCAGAGAUCAGAGUUCAAUGUAUGCCAUUUGUUGUCUGUCAGAAAGCUGUAGUGGUAGGACACUAAUACAUAAAUAUGUACAUGUUUAUUUCAUACUUAACUGAGUUUUUUAAGCUUGUAAAUAUUAUUUGCUUAUUUAAAAUAAGUGCAAAGGCAACACACCCUAUCACAAUGCAGCAUGCUCUGAAUAUGGUUAUAAUGCGGUUUUAAGGAAGUAUGUAAACUUUUUUAUAAUUUGAAACUCAAAUAUCUUAGGCCAUCUGUAACUGAAUGACAUGUUAGGAGUAUGGGUUUGUUCCCUUUUUUUGGCAGAACUCUUAAGUUUUUCAUUUUGUUUUGUGUUUCAUUGUACUUAAAACAGUGUCUAUGAAAAUGCACCCUUAUCUAGAUUUAACUUACAAAUAAGUACUAUCCAACUGCAGCCAGUAUACAACUUCUUCAAAGCUUGCUUUAGUCAAGAUUUAAAAAUAUUGACACAAGACAGAGACAUUGAUAAUCCAGAAGGCAUGAGUUGGGAUUACAUACAAGUAGGAAUGGAGAUGCAUGUUAUUUUGCUGUGGUCAUGGGGCACACCUUAAAUUGAUUAAUUUAUUUAGAAAUAUUCACAGAAUACAGAAAGUUUCUCUUUAGCACCAGCAGGUUACCAGCCAAGGUAUCAUAAUGAAUAUGACUUGUGGGUGAUCUCCUGCAGAAGUGUUGCUUUCCCUAUGUUUUCAUUCAUUCCUUUCUCCUUUUGAGGAGGGUAACUUCUGGCUUGAAAUUGUUAGGUUCCAUUAUUGGGUAAUGUUGCAUACUUGUUUCUUUUAUCUGUUGCUCUAAGUAGGCAUCUUGAUGUGUCCAUUUUGCUCUUUCUUUCAUCACAGUGAUCUGCAUCCUAGCCACCCCCCCCUUUCCCUAGCCAUCUUUUUUAUUCUUACCAUCAACCGGGCAAUAACUCUGAUGGUAGCAUAGGAUUUCUGUUCAGAACUCAAGCUUUGAUACUUCAGGGCUGUGUAGAGCCUCAUACAAGUACAAAGUUGAGAAUUACCAGAUCUCUUUAUAAUAAUGCAAAGGUUGAUGAAUGCACCACACCAAAUUGGGCCUUAUAUCCUGACAAUUCAAUGGAAAUUAAAAACUGCAUUUUUGAAAUGAAUAUCCAUUUUAUAAACCUUCUAAACAUGUUAAUUUUUGUCUAUGAACUUUCAAGAUUUAAACUAAUUUUAUAGUCCUAAAUUACAUGUCCUUAAUUAAUCAUGUCAGCGUAAUCGUGAUUGUCAUGACUGAAUUAGUACACACGAUGGUGUGAAACGACUAACUGGGGAACAUAUUCCAUUGGUUUCAUCUUGCAUAUGACAAUUUGCUGUUGGUUUUGGUAUUGAUUCUGUGACCUUCUGAUGUGAUUGAGGUUAGGUCAGGGGGCAAAGUUUAAUUUUGAAAGUGUCACUGUCUUUCCUGUGGAGUGUCAUCUGAAGACAGAUUUAAAGUGAGGACAAUAAUCCUACAGGUCAAGUUAUUUUGAAAAGAAAGAAUAUUUUUACAGGAAGUUUUUGGAGGUGGGAGUAGAGCAGAGGGGAGUUUAUCACUCAUGCCAGAAAGUUUGUCUCUUUUAAGGUUGUAUUGUCCAUGCUCACACUGAAGAUUGAAAUCCAUCAUUGUUGAUAUUUGAAAUGAAAUGGUUGUUGCAUGACAGAAGACUGGCCAAAAAACUACGUUCCCAUUGUGAUUGCAUUGUGAAUAAUGCUAAUUUUAGUUAUAAAGAAAAAAGACUGGGGAUUUUGCAAAAUGAAAAAUUUGAACAAUCAGGACAGAUGCAGUCUUUUGUUUUGCUCCUGUACAAACCUUGUGGUGUUUUAAUGUAUUGAAGAAAUUGCACUUGGUUUGAUAUCGUUUUCAUCUUGGAACGUCUUACAAGUAGAUGAUGUACUUUCUGUACUCCAGCAUGGACAAGACAUCCUUAAAAAUAGCUACAAGCUGCAAAUAUAUGACGUCAGCAUUGCGCAGAAUGCACCUGUUGAGAACUAAUUGAAGCAAAUUGUUCUUGUACAUAAAUACACACCAAGACUUGAAAUAUUGCAUCACCUGCUUGUCAUGCUGGGAUCUGAAUCACACUGUAUGUACAUAGAGAUAUCACUGUUGUAUGGUACCGUGGGAGUAACUCGGCUUCUUCUGUAUGUUCGGCUUGAGUGAGAUUUCAUUCUGUAGUAACGUGGCAUAAUUUUGACAAUAAAAGAAGUUUUUUUGUAAAAAA